GUGGCAUGGCAGGGAUGAGGAGCCGGCAGCGGAUGUUUGCAGCGGUGAUGCGCCUGCUCCUCAAGUGUCUGCGGCUGGGCCGGCGGCGGCGGCGGUUUAAGCUGGUGCGGCAGGCGGAGCAGCUGUGGCACUAUGGGCACCUCUGCCUCCGCUCCCUGCUCUACAACUCCUUCACCAACGGCGAUGUGGUGCUUGACUCCCUCUUCGAGCCCAUCUACUGGCUGGUGGACCAUGUCACCCGGUGGUUCGGUGUGGUGUUUGUGGCACUGGUGAUUGGGCUGACGAGCUCCAUUGUGGCCAUCGUGUACAUCUGCUUGCUGCCCCUCAUCCUGCAGACCUACACACCUGCCUGGAUCUGCUGGCACCUCGCCUAUGGACACUGGAACCUCAUCAUGAUCGUCUUCCACUACUACAUGGCCAUCACCACCUCACCCGGGCACCCACCACAGACCAAGGACGAUCUCACCGGCGUCUCCAUCUGCAGGAAAUGCAUUGCCCCCAAGCCAGCUCGCACCCACCACUGCAGCAUCUGCAACAGGUGCGUGCUGAAGAUGGACCACCACUGCCCCUGGCUAAACAACUGUGUAGGACACUACAACCACCGCUACUUCUUCUCCUUCUGCCUGUUCAUGACCAUGGGCUGCAUCUACUGCAGCAUCAGUGGCUGGGAGAUGUUCCGGGAUGCCUACGCAGCCAUCGAGAGAAUGAAACUGCUUGAGAAGGAGAGACUGCAGGUGGCUGCCAACCAGACGUACUACCAGACCCCGCCACCCACCUUCUCCUUCCACCAGCGAGCUUUCCACAAGAGCGUGGUCUACCUCUGGGUCCUUUGCAGCUCAGUUGCUUUGGCCUUGGGUGCUCUCACAGUGUGGCACGCUGCCCUCAUCACCCGUGGGGAAACCAGCAUCGAGCGGCACAUCAACAAGAAGGAGAGGCAGAGACUGCAGAAGAAAGGCAAGGUCUUCAGGAACCCUUACAGUUAUGGGAGCUGGGAUAAUUGGAAGGUGUUCCUGGGUGUGGACAUGCCAAGGCACUGGCUCACCCGCGUCCUGCUGCCCUCUCCUCACCUGCCCCAUGGGACGGGCCUGAGCUGGGACCUGCCUCCUUGUGUGACCAAGCAGCGUGCACCGCUCCUGGCCAUCUGAGGCCUGGGUGCUGCAGAUGUCCCCCCCCGCAGGCAGGGGAGUGCACGGGGGACCCUCUCUGCCACUGCAGCUCCCUUUGG